AGGCAGAACCGAGUUUGUCUCUCUGUGCCGUUGGCGAAGCUGGGGAGGUGGCAAGGCUAGACGGGCCUGGCCUGGCGGUGCCGUGGCUGACGAGAGGCUAGUUGGGCUCCGAGGGGGAAAAGAAGAAGUCUGGGGGAUUAAGAGAAGACUAGACCGGGAGAAGGCCCCUCGGCGGAGCCACCGCCACGAUGCUCAAUAUGUGGAAAGUCCGGGAGCUGGUGGACAAGGCCACCAAUGUGGUUAUGAAUUAUUCUGAAAUUGAGUCUAAGGUUCGAGAAGCAACCAACGAUGAUCCGUGGGGACCUUCAGGGCAACUCAUGGGGGAGAUUGCCAAGGCUACUUUUAUGUAUGAACAGUUUCCAGAACUUAUGAACAUGCUUUGGACACGGAUGUUAAAAGACAAUAAAAAGAACUGGAGAAGAGUUUAUAAGUCUCUGCUGCUGCUAUCUUACCUCAUAAGGAAUGGAUCAGAGCGUGUUGUUACAAGUGCCAGAGAACACAUUUAUGAUUUGCGAUCCCUGGAAAAUUACCACUUUGUAGAUGAGAAUGGCAAGGACCAAGGUAUAAAUAUACGCCAGAAAGUGAAAGAAAUGGUAGAAUUUGCCCAAGAUGAUGACAGACUUCGUGAAGAAAGGAAAAAAGCAAAGAAAAACAAAGAUAAAUACGUUGGGGUUUCUUCAGACAGUGUUGGAGGAUUCAGAUACAAAUUUGGUUUCCAGACCCCUUACUACCCCGAUAUGCAACAACCUAUGAAUGUGAUGAGUCAGAAUUUUGCAACUUUGGGCCUCAACUCACCCCCCAGCAUGAUGCCUCUUCGACCUCCAGCAAACCCAUUGAUGGGCAGCCCUGUUCCCGUGGGGAUGGGAAUGCCUACCGCAAUGACUAGCACAAUGGGCAUGGCUUCCAUGGGAGGCCCUAACCCUAUGAUGAACCAGGGCAUGAUGGGAAUGAAUGUGAACAUGGCAAUGCCAACUUCUGGAAUGGGUUUGUCGGGUACAAUAGGCAUGGGCGUUUCUAAUAUAGCUGUGGCAACCUCUAUGACUCCUGGAACUGUGCAACCUAAUGAUAGUGAUGAAGAAAAGAAAUCCAGAAAGGGUAAAUCACCAAAAGGUGAAUUCAAAGAUGAGGAGGAAACAGUGACCACAAAACAUAUCCACAUUACACAAGCCACAGAGACCACCACAACCAGGCACAAACGCACAGCAAAUCCUUCCAAAACCAUUGACUUGGGAGCAGCUGCCCAUUACACAGGAGACAAAGAAAGCCCAGACCAGAAUGCCGGAUCUUACACUCCACAGUCAACAGCCAAGGUAAGAAAUCAUGGACGUAACAACCACAACCUACCAGAAGUAGUGCUUGUGAUUCAUAAAUAUGAGGAAGCGUUUCCAGACGCCUUCAUGGUAACCUGCCUUCUCAUUCCUUUGGUUUUAGGUGGCUCCACUGAUCUCUUUGGAGGCUUUGCUGACUUCAGCUCUCCUGCAGCUGCCUCCGCAAGCUGUCCCCCAUCGCAAGGUACAAUUACAAGUGGGAAUGGAGAAUUUGGUGACUGGAGUGCCUUCAACCAAGUUGCUCCAGGCCCAGCUGCUCCAGCUGGAGAGCUCCUCAGUAGCUCUGCUCAGCCAGCUGCUGAGCUCUUUGGCAGCUCUGGUCAGCAGGGUCUUGGUCAGUCUCCAGCUGCUGCAAAUUCUGCUGACGUGUUUGAUUUGAUGGGUGCCUCCCAAGCCACAAUGACCUCUUCUCAAAGCAUGAAUUUCUCCAUGAUGGGCUCUAACACUGUCAGCAUUAAUCUACCUAUGUCAAGGUCACAGGUAUAUAAUUGUUCUGCAAGCCAGUAAUCACCAUUUUCUCUA